GCCAGCACGCAGGGUCCGCUAUCACCUCCUCCCAGUGUGGACACACUGCUCUGAAUAAAGAUGUAGAGGAAGACCUACGGUGACGGACAGAGCUUGAAAAGCCUCACAGAGCAACAAUGUACUGCUGGGGUGUGACCACUUGGUGAACCAGCAGCUCCUGCGGCGAUGUAAGAGACAUAUAAGAAGGCAGUUACUGAUAACUCAUGGCGACAAUGUUCCAAACAUGGCCCGUCCUCGCCGCUGCCAUCGCGCUGGUCGUGCAGCUUUGCACCGGUGAGAAGUCCUGUGCCAUCUGGUCCAGCGCUGGUGGCCCUGUGGUGCAGCGAGGAUCCAGUUUUAGGGUUUAUUGCACCUUUAAGUGCAAGUGCAAGGGAUCCAUGUACAGCGGCCACCCACCCACACGACAGAGCCACGAAGACUUCAAUUCCACAACUGUAUACCUCAAAGUGGUAAACAUAACCAUGAACCGAACAUUCAGCUGCCGGUGUACCUGUCCGCCUGUUCUGGACCCCUGUGGGCUGGACAUCUCAGCUGGAUACCCUCCAGAUCACCCGAAAAACAUUUCUUGCAUCCACAAGGUCAGAAAUAAUGAAAGUGGAGUUGUGUUGUGCACCUGGAACCGAGGACGAGACACUCAUCUGCGGAACAGUUCAGUGUUGUGGGUAAGAACUGUAUCUGGAAACCACACAGCUGGACCGGUGACAUACAAAAGCUCCAGUAAGGGAACUGAUUCACUCACAGCCAGUUUCAGUGUGUCCAGCUCUGUCCAGCUGGCCUCUGUGUGGGUCCAAGCCCAAAAUCCACUGGGCUCUGCAGUGUCCACCAUCAGCAACUACACACUCAGUGACAUUGCCAUGCCGUCCACUCCUCACCUUGGCCAGCCCGAGUGCUCUUCCCGAGAGUGCAUCAUCCAGGUAAAGCAGCCUGUGACGAUUCAGCACCUGGAGAUCCAAUACAGAGCAGAAGCGCAGACAUGGACAUCUUACCCAGACUCGGGUCUGCAGAUGAGUUCGGUUCAGGUUCGGUUCAUCUCCGCUCUGGAGCCCUACAGGUUGUACCAUUUCAGAGCCAGAUCCAAAUUCAGCACCGGAAUGUGGAGUGAGUGGAGCGCAGACGUUUCCAGCCGGACUCAGGAGGAGGCUCCUGCCGCAGAGCUGGAUGUGUGGUACGCUGAACCCACCUCUGACUUAAAAUCCCUGAGAGUUUACUGGAAGGAGGCAAACAUCUCCAUCACUAGAGGGAAAAUCAUAGAGUACAAAGUCAGAGUUUACAGCCAAAACUCUGGACUUGUCUUCAGCACUAACAUCAGUGCUGAUGCCAGGAAUUAUUCAGUCCCGUUCUGUGCCAGCUGUGAAGUGACAGUGUGGGCUUGCAACUCCAAAGGGCUGUCCCCUCCUGCCAGAAUUACAACCCAUCACACAAAAGCCAACCUCCUUACGUUUGUGCAAGUAGCUGAAGGCAACCGCAGUGUCACCAUCUCCUGGAGGAAGCUUGAAACUGCACCUCCACGUGCAGCCUAUGUGGUGGAGUGGUACCCGGAGGGCCACAUGCUGGAGGAGCUCAGAUGGGUCAGACUGGGCAGGAAUGACAACCGUACUGUUAUCACAGGUAUGAAGCCCUUCGAGUGCUACGAGGGGGCGGUGCAUGUUGUCGAUAAUGGGAGCUCAGUGAGCAGGACCAGAUUUACAGGUGUCACCACUGUGGAAUCAGCUCCAACAGCUGCUCCAUCUGUGCAAGAGAGGGUUGAGGGACACGAAGUGAAAGUGACCUGGACGGAGAUUCCCAGGGGUGACCGUGGGGGUUGCAUCACCAGCUAUACCAUCUAUCUGGAGCGCGGCAGUGGACACUGGCAGAACUACUCUGUCCCAGCACCAGAGAGGAUGUAUAUCAUCAAAGACCUGUCUCCAGCUGUCUACAGCCUGUGGAUGACUGCCUCAACUGCUAAAGGAAAAGGACCCGCUGGUCAAAAGGUCAAGUUCUUCAUCCAGCAGGAGACGCAACUGUCCUACCUAGUUGUGUGUGCUGUCAUCGCCCUGAUCAUGCUGAUGCUGCUGUGUCUGUGCCAGAGCUCAACAGUAAAACAAAGGUUCUGGGUGUUCUUCCAGUGCCUCAUGCUCAGCAAUGUGCCAGAUCCUGCAAACAGUAAAUGGGCAAAAGAGUGUACCCAGGAGAAGGGCAAGAUGAAACUCCAGCUGCAGCCGAGCAACUCCAGUGUAACCGAGGCAGAGGAAGAGCCCAUCCUGGUGGAUGUUGAGGAGUUGCCCAAGCCGAGCAGGGACAUCCGCACAGACGCCCCCUCGCAGCUCUCUCCUCAAACCAGCCUGAGCCCGUCGACGGAGCCGGCCACAGCGCUCUCCCCUCCGACCACUUACAUCAAGAGCCUCUCCCACGACUCAAGCAGCUCCUACCACACGCAGACCUCUCUGGACACAACCGUCGACUACAUCUCAUCACACGGGGCGGGAAAUAUGGACGAGGAGGAUCAGGAGGAGGACGAGGACGACGAAGAGUUUGCAGAAAUGCCUGGUUUCUUCCCCAGUCACAGCAUCGUCACAGAGCCGCUGGGGUUUGGAGGGAAGUUGACUCUGGAUGCGGUCAAAAUCAACUGCAAUGACUUCUUUCAGAACAACAACUUUUAGAGGGAGAAGACUGCUAAACCGAACAGGACACGGUGACUGGAGGUGGUGGUGAUGGGAGUUUUUUCUGUUUCAGCGUCUUUUUUGCCGAGAUGUCCAUGAACUACCUCCUUGCUUCAGCUCUCUCACUGAGGUCCUCCAGAGCUGUUAUGCAGUAAUAAUCUUUGACUGGAAAAUUGCUUUUGUUUCCAUUUCAUGCAUUACCGUUGUUUUCUCUCCAGUACGGCGCCGGACACUAAGAACACCAAAAUGAACACAGUACAGGCAGCAAGACAGGGCGUCAUCCGGAUGGUGACAGCAUGGGACCCUUUUUCACAACAAACGUUUUGACUUGUAGGAAAAGCGCUGGUGUGACUGUCAGGUGUCUCAGUGUGUCAUGACAGUGUGACAGUAUGCACAGUGCCAGGACCACUGUGACACGUCAGAAUGUCUCCUGUCUUUUGUAAAAGCACAUAUGCAGAUGCAUACUCUGUUAUAGCCUAGCAUUGUUGACCAUACUGUAUACAGGCUGUGCCUUGAAAUUCAUCUACGCUACCUCAAUUUUAGCUCAUCUACAACAGGAAAAAUGUCAUUUGAUAGUGGUACAAGCAGGUAAUAUUGCUGCAUGAUGACGGGUGACUUUUAUUAUUAUUUUGCUGAAAUCAGAGUUCUGAUUCAUCAACCGCAACACUGAAUUUAAAUGUUUAAUAUUUGGAAACAAGAAUCACUGCUAUGCUAGUAGCAGCUCUGAGUCUGUAGGCACAAGUGUUUUGAGCUAAAUGCUAACAUGCUAGUGUUUGCAGGUAUAAUGCUUACCAUAUUCACCAUCUAAUUUUAGCACGUUCACGUACAGCUGAAGAUGGUGAUGACAUUACUGCAGGUAUUAGCUCAUAAAUCAAUGUAUUGGGGAAAGUGCAACAAUGACUGCGCUAACAGACAAAUACUUAUGGGAUCGCCAAAUUAAUACAAUUCUAAAAUGAAUGUUUACAAGAUUUUAUGGCAAUGAAUGCCAUCCAACAGCUGUCAAUACAUUUCACUAAGAGCCAAAAAUGCUGCAACCUGGAGGCAGCACCAGAGGAAAAGAGCCCCGAUCACAAUUUAUCUUCUGUGGAUCACGAAUAUGUCCGUUUUAAUAUUGGUGCAAAUAAAUAAUUUCAUCCUCUGCCCUUAGAAAGUGACCUACAUUAUAUAUGGAGCAACAAUAUUUUCUUUAAUUGUGAGGGUUCUGGGUGGCCUACUGGUCUGAAA